CAUAUUAUUAAAGCAACAGCAAGGUUUUGGGUCCAGGAUAGUUUAAGAACAAACUUUUCGAUAUCAAGGAAAAGGAUAUAUCCAGGGAAUAAGACCAAGAUUGCCCAUCUUACAUCAUUUACCAUGGAGCAGACCUCAGUGUUCACAAGAGAGGAAGAUGCCUACAGACCUGGGCUCAACAUGAGACCGCUGUUUGCUCUCAGCAACAGAACUGGCGGUUGGAGAGAGAGAGAUAGAGGGGAGGCGACGUAGCCUGGUCCAGCCAGCCCAUUUUGCUGCUUAACUCCGCCCGGAGUGCCAGCACCUAUUCUCUCCUUGCGUCUGUGCACAGGGGCCAGUCGCUUCGUACUCUCCGGACAGCUAGCUUGGGUGGAACAGGGGUCUAGUGUGGAACGAGGGGGCUGUCUUUUACGGCAACUUUCUAAAGAUCACCCCUAGUGUAUUUGGACAGUACAUGGCCUUGGGGGUGGUGACGCCGCCACAGGCUCUGAUUGCUUUUGGUUUACUGCUGUUUCCUCUGGUGGUCGGGAUUUGUUUCCAGGAGCCCCUCUCCCCAUUUCUUCUUUCUCGCCUCCCUCUUGUGUAGAAGGGACCCGAGCGACACCUGCUCGCUUGUAUCCGAGGUCGGGACUGGCCUCUCCUCGGUGGUGAGGGAGGGCCCAGCAGAGGGUUUCCCUUCCUUCCAGCACAGGCUGCCCGGUGGGGCGGCGGGGGUGGGCUGCGUGGGGCUCUGCCUGCGGUGCUGCAGCUGGCCGGGAGUUGUUGCUAAGUGGACCAGCGUUGUUGGCUCAAAGUCUCGGAGAGGGCAGCAGCGGGACCUGCCUACGACCUGCGGAUCAGGGGCACCGAGCCCAAGGAACGCGGGAGUCUAGUGGGGGGGGCCCUGGCUGAGCCCGGAGCCUCCUCUCCUUUCUGCCCCGAGCAUCCCCAGGAACUACUUCUCAUUGGAGAUCCGCAACCUGCGAGAGCCGGGAACUGGAAGUGCGAGGCGAGGCCGCUGCCCUGAAGGUGAAUCCUUCCGUCCAAUUGCCUCUCCCCGGGGAGCCAGGAGGGCGGGCGAGCCGGAGCGGAGGAUGUGCGAGCGCGCGCGUGUGUGAACCGGAGACGACGCCAGGCGAGAGGAAAAGUCUUCACUCGGGGUUAAAAGCAAACAAAUCAGAGAUGGAAUAAGAGAGGUAAUUGCAGCGAGCCCGCCUUGAUUUUCGCAGUCGGGGAGCGGAGCGCAUCCGGUGAGGACGCGGGCGGCCGCGAUCGCUGCCAAGGGCUGCGGGACCCCGGCUUUCUCCUCAGCAAACAGAUCUUUUGAUUACUUUGACACUGUGGGGUAAAGAGGAGGGAAGAGACCCCGCACUGGUGGAGACCGUCUACAGGCUUCAGAGAGCUUCCAGUUUGGAUGUGAAGAGAUUCCUGAGCCCUCAUUGCCAUCGGAGGUGAAAGCACACACAGACACACACACGCGCGCCCACACACACGCACGCUCAGGGUCACACUCACGCCCUCCCCGAGCACACACCGCCAGACUCCGGUUCCCUAUGCCCCUGGAUGGUGACGGCGGAUUGGCAUCUUGGAAACGAUGCAAGAGCGAUAAGGCUGGCGCCGGCCCGCGGAAGCUGCAGGGACCUCGCUAGGUGUUGCCGCCACCGGGAAGCCCGGCUGCAGGUAGGCAGGAUGAGUAAGAGAUACUUACAGAAAGCAACAAAAGGAAAACUGCUAAUAAUAAUAUUUAUUGUAACCUUGUGGGGAAGAGUUGUAUCCAGUGCAAACCAUCAUAAAGCUCACCAUGUCAAAACGGGAACUUGCGAGGUGGUGGCACUCCACAGAUGCUGUAAUAAGAACAAGAUAGAGGAACGGUCACAAACGGUCAAGUGUUCCUGCUUCCCUGGGCAGGUGGCUGGCACCACAAGAGCUGCUCCCUCUUGCGUGGAUGCUUCCAUAGUGGAACAGAAAUGGUGGUGUCACAUGCAGCCGUGUUUGGAGGGAGAAGAAUGUAAAGUUCUCCCAGAUAGGAAAGGCUGGAGCUGUUCCUCCGGUAAUAAAGUGAAAACAACUCGGGUAACUCAUUAACCAACGAUAAAUCAGUGACCCUCCAGGCUGAUUACAUUGAACAUAUGCAUAGAAAUUUAACUCCUGAGAUGAUCUUGAAGAAGAUUUUUAUACUGUUCAGAAGAGGCACUCCGGAGCCUAUUUCCAAGAGAUUUUAUGGCUCCUUACCAUCCUCUUCUUGAGAUCAAGACUUUUAAAAAGUGAGACAUGAACUUCUAUAUCAUAAAGACUUCAUCAGAUUGGAACUGUGCUCAACUUGUAAAGUUGCUAAGGAAAUUGGAAGUCACUGUCUGCAGAGCUGGCAGAGUUGCUAUUUUCAGGGUGACAUCAGAGACAGUCACCUUUUGGGUUCCUGGCUCCAAGCUGUGACUGCUCUGCUCUUCUUGUUUCCGAAAGCUGUUUCCAAGUGCACUGUCCUGUCAUGGAUGUGUUCCUGGGUUCUUUGUUCAUGGGCUAGUGAGACUAUUCAAGGCUUUGACAACAUUUCCAUUGCGAACUUCUCUGGCAUGGCAUAGACUGAGACAAUUUUGUUUGUAUCCUAAUCUUGGAGCUCUGAAAGCCUACUGUUUUGGCACCUUAAAGUCGAUUUUGUUAAAGGAUGGAAGUAUAUAUCCAUUGAUAAUAAUUAUUGUUGGCAAGUAAUAGUAAUCUGAAUACAUCAAUCAUAUAAGAAUGUGUAAACAAGCUGACAUGUUUUCCCAAUGCUAACAUGCUACUGCAGCUCUCUGUCAGUUAGACAGAUACUAAUUAGAACUGGAUUACCAUUUUCAUUAUAUAAUAAUUUGCACCUCUAGUAUACUCUCCCUUUCACUUUGUUUGUUUUUUGUAAAGUGAACUUAUUUUAAAUUUUUAUUUAUGUGUGUUAACUUCCCCCCUUCACGGAAAUCAUCAGCGAGGAGCAGUCAAGUUAUUAGGUAGUUUUCAGUUUAAAAUUGCCAGGGAUGCAUGUGAGUUUUUGAUUUUUUAGCUUAAAUGUUAGUCACUUAUAUUUAUUCUGGUAUUUUUUAAAGCUAUCUCUUCUUUCUAUUUAAUUUAAAAAAGACUUAUCUCUUGCUUGAUCCUAAUGACUGUUUGAAUGCUUAUAUAUUUGUUCAGUCUGUUGAUAGAAUAAAUCGUCCAUUUUCCCAGUCACAAAUUUAUAAAUAUUUGCUUACAGUUGUUCCAUUCAAACAAUUUCUUAGGCCAGUAUUUUGUUCACAUUUUCAUAGCUUUAAUAUUCGUGGCUUUUGGUUCUACACAAACGUCUUAUAAGUAUUUAAAAGCCUUAACAUUUAUGUACUUUUUUCUAAGUUCUUACAGAAUGUAUAAUUUUAUACUACAUUUAUUUUGUUUCAUUUGUGAUGUGGAGGCAAAGAAGAAUGGAAAUCACAUCCCCAUUCUGUAAUACCACUGUGUAAAUCUGUGGGUUGAAGGAAUGUUAGGGGAAGGAUCUUUAUUGUAUUGACUUUAGAGUAAUUAGAAGACUCUUCAGAAAUUAUCCUACCUAAAUUUCAUCUUCCUGGAGAAAGUGUGAAAAUACGUUAUGUCUUUAGAACUCACUGACACGGCCAGUUAGGCAUGAGUUGGUUUCUGUGAUGGAUGCUCACAUAUCCUGAAGAUCUUUGGUCUGUUUGUAAUGAUAAUCAAAGACCAUUAAUUACCCAGACUCUACAAGGAAGAACAAAUGAAAAUGUAAAAUUUGUUGAAAAUUAAUUUGUUAAGUGUACUUUUGACAUUGAACUAAGAUCUCACAAGUAUGUGAAAUAUAAUUACUUCCUGCCUCCAUUUUAAUUAUGCAUAAAACUAAUUAGAUGGCUCUGAGUGGAUUUUGCAAUGGUUCAAGACCAUGUAAUAAAAAACAAAGUAGUAACCAUUAUGCUGGGAUUUCUAUAUCAAUUAGAAUCUCAUUUAUUUCUUUGGAACAAAGUGAGGAACCAUAUUAUUUUGAAAAUUGUGAAUUUGUCCUAUAUUUGUUGGAAAUUAUAGAUUAUGCUUCUCAUUUUUUAAACUAUGUCCUUUAAAACAACACUGGAAAUUCUGUAUUAUAUACAAGUGUAAUACAUGCAUAUCAAUAGAAAAAAUAAAUGGAAUUUCAAAUAUACUAACUAGAUUAUUCCCAGUAGAUUAAUAUUGUGACUACUCAGAAAAGGUAAAUAAAAUUGGGAUAUAAAAUGAACUCUUUCAUAAGUACAAUUUGGAAAAUCUGUUUUCUUCUUUUUUUUGGAAGGAGGAAUCUUUUUAUUCACUUUUUGUUGGUUCAUAUGCACAGUACAUGAUGAUUGCAUUCAUCGUUGGGAGUUGGUACAUGUACAAAACACAUCUUAAUUAAUCUUUUAUGUCCUUCUUUACUCUCCUUCCUUCCCCUUCUUUCUGUCUGAGAAACUGUUUUCUUAUAUUUUAUUUUUAGAGUGCUUCAGUCACUAUGAAGGCAAACCUCUGAAUUCAUAGAGAAACAUAUAAAUUCUUUAGUCUUCUUUUAAUAGAGAUCCAUGGCAAAUUACACCAUUUACAUAAGGUUCCAAUAUUUGAUUUGCUUCUUUAAUGGAAAAUAAUAAAGAUAUAUUUACAUUUGUGUU